GGCCUUCAAAACACUUGGACAUCGUUUGAAGAAUCCCGAGCGCCAGUGAUUCACGGCAUUUGUCGACGAUUUGAUUCUGUAGCCUCUGCAAUAACAACUGCUGGGGAUUGGGACAGUGCUAGUAUUGUGCAGGAACUCUUCUCGGUGUUGGGUUGGAUAGAAUUUGGUUCAAUUUGUAAAGGAUUUCGGUGACAGAGUUGUAUUGACAAUGGGGCACUUGUACGCUCUGGACUUUGAUGGGGUGUUGUGCGACAGCUGCGGCGAGAGCUCCAUCUCUGCGGUUAAGGCUGCCCAAAUUCGGUAUCCAGAGCUUUUCGCUGGCAUGGAUGCAGCUACAGAGACUUGGAUCCUUGAUACCAUGCGCGUUGUGCGGCCUGUUGUGGAGACUGGAUAUGAGAAUGUUCUACUUGUGCGGCUGCUGCUGGAGAUCAAAGCUCCUCAUCUGCGCAAGACCUUGGUGGCGGGGAAAUUGUCUGUCGACGACAUUUUAGCAGAUUGGGAGCAUGGCAUCAAGCCAGUGCUGAUGAAAGAAUGGAGUGAGAACAAAGAGGAGCUGGUGGAUCUUUUUGGAAAAGUACGUGAUGACUGGCUGGAGCAUGAUCUUCGCGGUUGGAUUGGUGCUAAUAGGUUUUACCCGGGGACAGCAGACGCUUUAAAGUUCUCAUCCUCUACCUUAUUUAUUGUGACAACAAAACAAGCUCGAUUUGCAUCAGCACUACUGAGGGAAAUAGGUGGUAUUGACUUCCCAAUGGACCGCAUAUAUGGCCUUGGCAGUGGACCUAAAGUCGAGGUGCUAAAGAAGCUACAAGAGCGACCUGAACAUGAAGGCUUGACUCUUCAUUUUGUGGAAGACAGGCUUGCCACGCUCCGCAAUGUCAUCAAGACCCCAGCACUUGACAAUUGGCACCUGUACCUAGGUACCUGGGGUUACAACACUCAAAGUGAAAGAGACGAAGCGGAGAGCAUUUCACGUAUCCACGUCGUGGAUCUCCCCGAUUUCUGUGCAAAAUUGAAGUAGAAGAUUCUUACUCCUGGUAUCCACUAUUCAACUAUUGACACCAGCUUCGACGAUUUCAGGUGCUUUGACCAAAUCAUUGAUUUAGAUUUGCCUUCAUUUAGAUUAAAGUUAUCUAGACAUCAUACGAUGUAUACUAGGGUAUUUUUAGAAAAAAUGAACCUGUAGUACUUCCUUCUGCUCCACGUUUCUCCCUUAGUUUGAAGUCUAAGGGCUCAGCCGUUUAAGGCUGUGAAUGUCUUUCAUGUAUCGAAAAUUUAAGGAAUUGAAUGUGCUGCAUGUAUUCAGCACACGAAAAACCCACUUCUUAGAUA